AACAGGCUUCUAAUACCAGAUGGUGCUCUGUGACCUAAGUUUUGGGGUCUAUCAUUUAUAAUACCUAUAUUAUCUAAUACCUAGAUUGGCUAAUAGCCAUAUUAUCCAAUAGCUAUGUUAGAUGAUAUUUGACCUACUUAAUUCCUGGCAAUGAUGUAAUAUGGUUAACAUUUUGAAUAAAAGGUGCUUUAUAGGUUUUUCCCCACUGAUAAAAGUAAGAUUAUAUUCAAAAAGUUAACCAAAGAUACGUUUGAAUUUUAUUGUAGUAUAUUUCUAUGCAUAUAAUUUUUAAAACCAAAUCAAAAUGUGUGAUUUGAAUUUGCUAGCUUUGUUUCUUAAGUUUUUCAGUGUAGAAGGUAAUUUUUCCGUUCUGGCUAUGGAGUGGAGAGAAUAUAAGGUGAAAGGAGAGGAGCAGCAGCUCUCUUAGAGCAAAGUAUGCAUAAGAAUGAUCUAAAGCUAAGCAACAGGAAACGAGCUUGGAAAUAUGUUGAGGGCUGCUGGCACUGUACUCAUCAAUGCGGUUUCGAUUCCCAGGCUGGGGCUGUAAUGUAUGAGGGGAAGAAUGAAUCUGAGUCUGCGCCGCCCGCCAAGCUUAUUGCUGACCUUCCUGGGGCUGCCGUCUCCCUCCCUGGGGGAGGGGCCUAGCUCCCCGGAAGCGCCCGGCAGCCCGGCCCUUCUUCCGCUUCCCGCUCGCGGUUGCUAGGCUACCUGAGCCCUAACAGAAAGCGGUGGUAGGCAGGUGCGGCGAGUGUGUCCCCUUUCCCGCACAAGGCUUGGCCUUUGUACGUAAGUGCAGUGGCUGCCUGCCUCGCUCGGGCUUCUCUGCCGCACUCAUCCGUGCUGCUUGGGACAGGCCGGGGCGCGAAGGCGGUCGUAUCCAUCUUGGGAAGUUUCUGCUCCCCCUCUCCCUCCUACCCUUUGGAAACCCCCUCACCAGCUGCCCCGGACCAGGUUUCUCUGAACCUUAAAUUCAGUUUUCAGGGCUCACUCUCCCGAUCCCCUGACCUUUUUCCAUCUACCCCGACACGACUCCGCCGCGUGCUCCCAUCCCCAUUUCUUUCACUUCUCUGUGGCGAGCAUCUUCCUUCUCAGGGAGAAGGAAGCAUGGGGCCAGCACCUUGGGAAGAAGAGGCAGGAAGACCCGCCGUCCUCCCUGUCUCAGGUGCACCUCCGGCCUCGACGUGACCACCUUGUUUGGCUGAGGAGAAGCUGGGUUGGCAGGGUUUUCUGAAGUCAAGCGGGAGCUGGGGGGUUGCAGGGAGACUCACAGACUUCCUGAUCCCUAUGAAGACUUUAUGUACCAUCACCUCCAAUAUUAUGGCUACUUUAAAGCUCAAAGAGGCAGUUUACCAAACUCUGCAACGUAUCAGCAUAUUCAGAAGAAUAACCCUCGAUACCUGUUGAAUGGCUCUCUUGGGGAAAAAGAUGAUUUGUUACCAGACACCCUGCAAAAGGAGAAGCUUCUAUAUUCACACAUGCUGAGUUCACCACGUCUUAGGAGCAGACAGCUUCUUUAUGAUGAGUUGGAUGAAGUAAACCCACGUCUUCGAGAACCCCGAGAGCUCUUUUCCAUUUUGUCUACCAAGAGGCCACUGCAGGCUCCAAGAUGGCCAACUGAAUGUGAGGUCAUCAAGGAAAACAUUCAUCAUAUUGAGUGGGCUCCACCUCAACCAGAAUAUUUAUAUCAACCUACAGGAAAUGAAAAGGUACCAGAGAUUGUAGGAGAGGAAAAAGGAACAGUUGUCUAUCAAUUAGAUUCAGUGCCCACAGAAGGUUCCUAUUUCACCAGUUCCAGAGUGGGAGGCAAACGAGGAAUUAUCAAGCAACUUGCUGUCACGUUGCAAGGACCAGAAGAUAAUACUCUACUGUUUGAAUCAAGGUUUGAGAGUGGGAAUCUGCAAAAAGCUGUCAGAGUAGACACCUAUGAGUAUGAACUUACCUUGCGAACCGACCUCUACACAAACAAACACACUCAGUGGUUUUAUUUUCGUGUUCAGAACACCAGAAAAGACGCCACCUAUCGCUUCACCAUUGUCAACUUGCUAAAACCCAAGAGUCUUUAUACUGUAGGAAUGAAGCCACUCUUGUAUUCCCAAUUCGAUGCCAACACCCGCAAUAUUGGCUGGAGGAGAGAAGGAAAUGACAUCAAGUACUACAAAAACAACACGGAUGAUGGGCAGCAGCCCUUCUACUGUCUCACAUGGACCAUUCAGUUUCCAUAUGACCAGGACACUUGCUUCUUUGCACACUUCUACCCAUAUACAUACACUGAUUUGCAAUGCUACCUCCUGUCAGUGGCAAACAACCCCAUCCAGUCCCAGUUCUGCAAGCUCCGAACUUUAUGCAGGAGCCUAGCAGGAAAUACCGUUUACCUGCUCACCAUCACCAACCCAUCCCAGACCCCUCAAGAGGCAGCUGCAAAAAAAGCUGUAGUCUUGAGUGCCAGAGUCCACCCUGGGGAAAGUAAUGGCUCCUGGGUUAUGAAAGGCUUUUUGGACUUCAUCCUUAGCAACUCCCCAGAUGCCCAGCUCCUCAGAGAUAUUUUUGUCUUCAAGGUGCUUCCCAUGUUAAAUCCAGAUGGUGUGAUUGUGGGGAAUUAUCGGUGCUCCUUGGCUGGAAGGGAUUUGAACAGACAUUAUAAAACCAUUCUGAAGGAGUCUUUCCCUUGUAUUUGGUACACCAGGAACAUGAUCAAAAGACUUCUUGAAGAAAGAGAGGUUCUGUUGUAUUGUGAUUUCCAUGGCCACAGUCGUAAGAAUAAUAUCUUCCUGUAUGGCUGUAAUAACAACAAUCACAAGUACUGGCUUCAUGAACGAGUUUUUCCUUUAAUGUUAAGCAAAAAUGCACCAGAUAAGUUCUCUUUUCACAGUUGUAAUUUUAAGGUCCAAAAAUGCAAAGAAGGAACGGGACGAGUUGUAAUGUGGCGGAUGGGAAUUCUAAACAGCUACACCAUGGAGUCUACCUUUGGCGGCUCCACCCUGGGUAGUAAAAAAGGCACCCACUUUACCAUUGAAGAUCUGAAGUCCUUAGGUUAUCAUGUCUGUGACACCCUUCUGGACCUUUGUGAUCCUGACCAAACCAAGUUCACUCAGUGUCUAGCAGAGCUUAAGGAGCUUUUACAACAGAAAAUACACAAGAAAUUCAAUGAACUUGGACGAGAUAAAGAUUUAGAAGGAAGUUGGAGUGAUAUCUCUUUGUCUGACAUUGAAUCCAGUACCAGUGGCUCUGACAGUUCUCUCUCAGAUGGUCUUCCUGUUCACCUAGCAAACAUAGCAGAUGAGCUGAAUCAGAAGAAGAAGAUGCUCAAGAGGAAAAAAAAGAAGUCACUUCAGACUAGGAAACAGCGAAAUGAGCAGUAUCAGAGAAAAAAUUUGAUGCGGAAGUUAAAGUUAACAGAAGAUACCGCAGAAAGGGCAGGAUUUGCUUCUACUCUCCAAAAGCAGCCAAACUUUUUCAAAAACUCAGAGAAUUCCAGUUCUUUACCAGUGAAAAAUGAAAACCCGAGGUUAAAUGAGACAAAUUUCAAUAGAAGAGACAAAGAUACCCCCCUGGACUCAUCAAUGGUCACCCUGAUUCUUCCUAAGAAUAAAGAGAGAAUACAGAUAAAUUUCAAUAGAAGAGACAAAGAUACCCCCCUGGACCCAUCAAUGACCACCCUGAUUCUGCCUAAGAAUAAAGAGAAAAUGCAGAAUAAGAAGCCAGGCUUUACAGUAUCGUGCUCUCCAAAGAGAACCAUAAACUGCAGCCAGGAGCCAGCUCUAGGUGUGAAGCCAAACUGGCCAAGGAGCAGAUAUCCUGCCACAAAGAGAGGCUGUGUGGCCAUGGCGGCAUACCCAUCCUUGCACAUACACACAUACCCGUAGGUGAGCCUGGGCUAUGCCACACAAGCACUUUUCGGGGUGUUGCAGAUUAGACACAUUUUGUAAUGGGAGGGAUGUGUGAUUGGGAACUGCAUUUCCUGGCAGUGUACUGUGUUGUGUGCUCAUCAUGCACUGACCUGACACUUUGUACUUGCACUCUGUGUUGUGAUCAAGAUGCAUACCUCAUGAAUUUAACUGUUUUUUCAUAAAAUGAAAUUUCAUUAUGAUGUGUAAAAAUGCUUUAUCAGGAAUUGAAGUGUGCUCUCAUGGCACACCUCAUGGCAGCACAGAUAUUCCUCAUUUUAACCAAUAGAUAUUCUCUCUAAAAUUAUGUGUAAAUCAAUUUUUAAAAAUCAAACUCCGUGUUAAACACAUUUUCGGAAAGUGCUAUAUAAAAAAAAAAAAAAAAAAGUCUUGUGUCAAAGCUUUCCAGUGAUGAAUGGUCAGUCUGACUGCUGUAUGUCAGGUUUGCUCAGAAUGAGGUAUUCCCACAUGGAAAUACCAAUGCAUGUAUUACCCAGAAUUUCAUGUUGCAUAUCUUAUGUUCAAGGUUUUGUAAAUUUUUUAACCUGCUGAUUAAAAUUCUUUCUCUCUCUAACUCUA